AUGAAUGGAUCUUCCAGGUCGGAGUCCAGCACCGAUGGCUCCCUGUUCUGCUCUUAUCAGUACGACCUUGUCGACAUGUGGUCGCUGCUGACUGUUUCAUUGUUGUUUCUUAUAAGCGUAGUCAUCACUGUUACUGCUGAACACGUCAAUAUUGACGUUUAUUCACACACCAAAGAUGACGACAGAUCGGAUGCGAUUCGUCGCGUUGUUUCGGCGAUCAACGCGGACAAUCGUUUUAUGGUAGCGAGAGUCAUCGAGAGGGAUUGCAACGGAGCGGAUUUGCAGGAAUGUUCUGGAUACGACAAAGAAGAUGCUUUCAUUUCUAUACACAGCCCAGAACAUACGGAGGUUAAAGUAAGCGGCUUGAUCAGGAAGAACUUCCGAACUCAGGAAGAGAUGCAAAACCUGUUCCUUCAAUUUUCAACCGAAUUUUAUUUGAAACGUUCCGAAGAAAUUGAUAAUAUUAACUGGUGGGCAUAUGAACUGACAGCUCCAAGUGUGAAACACCUCGAACAAUUGGAUAAACUUAUUGGUAAAAGUAAGGAAAGAAUCACAUUUGCCCUCUAUUAUGAGCCAGAAGGAUUCAGUAACUUCGCCGCUUAUUAUGCUGCAGGAGAUCUCUUUUCAAAAGGAUCAGCCUAUGGGCUAGUAGUGGAUUGCUCCAAAGAGAAAGCGAUAUGCACCCGAGAGUCCAUACAAACCUUACCAGCACUCAUAUCUUACGACAAAGGAAAGCAGUAUAAAAGAUAUUCGCAUGACAUGGAUAUUGCGCUGAUUCGUGACUGGAUUAAGACAAUUCAACAACCAGUAAUUACAAAGUUAACAGAGGAUGCAGUGCCAUACUACAGAGAGGGUGGAGUACCAGGAUUUGACGAGCCCAGGCCAUCGGUGAUUAUGUUCUUCUCAGCGACGAGAAAAUCAGACAUUUACAAGGACUACAAACAAUUUGCUCGCAAACAUCAUGGUGACUAUCAUCUCACGGAGAUCGUCGAUCGAGGGAUUGAGAAAUGGGCACAUCAACCAGCAUUUGUCGCAAUGAAACCACUAGAAACCAUCACAAAAGCUAAUACUCUCUAUGAGGACAUUACCUUCGAAAAAAUAGCUGAAUUCAUCGAAGAGAAUCGGCAUCCAUCAGUGCAUCAUCUUACCGACGGUCGAGCGCUAUUUACCGCCUUCUCACUUGGUCGACCCGUACUGAUCUUUCACGACAUCACAAAAACCAAGAGCACCCUAUUCUUUUCCACGUUAGCGUCUAAUUACCCCGUGAGAAGUACCGUAGCUGCUUUUGCCAUGAGUCAAGGACUUUCUAUGCCUGGUUUAUUUCUUGCUCAACUUCUUAAGGUGGAUGUGCUGAAGCCAUGUUAUGUGUUGGUUGACGUCAAUAAAAAUUGUGUUUAUACGCAACGAAUAGCAAACGAAAAUGAAAUGGAAAUCGAGCAUUGGUUGAAGACAGUAGCGAAUGAAGACUGUCAAGAAGCCAAUUUGAACAUGGAGAAAUUGGCAGCUUUAAAACACUGGACGAUGCGUGAUGAUCUCCGACGAGCUGUUGAAGAACAAUUGUCAAGUUCAACUCAUGAGGAAUUAUAG